ACGUCAGACGAAGCCGUUCAGAGGAACACAGGGAGAGUGACAAGGACGGGGAGAGGGAGGAAAGAAAGGGGAGGGGAACUGACAUUAAAGCAACACAACAAGGAAACUACACUGCGGAGCCACGGACGCCUUCAUUUUAUGUUUUUGAAUAAUAGCCGGAGCUAGUGUUUCCAAGUGUGUGCGGAACCAGCCCGAAGCUGCGGCUCACAGCCUCAAGGGUCCCCCGGAAAGCAGCGGCUUCAGCCCGAGUUGGAUUAAAGGCGCUCUCCGUGGUUUCACAGAUAUGGAACCACCCAACUCCCCACAGGUGGAGGAUGGAGGUGAGGAGGAUGAGGAGGAGCUGAGUGGCGGUGAGGAGGCAGACUACAGGACCAGUUCAGGACGGGGCUCCCUGCUGACACGGAGAGGCAUCACCCUGAGAGUGCUGCUGAAGGAUGGCCUGGUGGAGCCGGGGGAUGGUGUGCUGGCCAUCCACUACCUGGGCAAGAACUUUGUAGGAGACCUGUUGAAUGAUGGGAAAAUCAGAUGGGUGGAGACGGGCCAGAUAUUUAACUCUCCAAGCGCCUGGGCGACACACUGUAAACGCCUGGUUAAUCCAGCCAAGAAGUCUGGCUGUGGCUGGGCGUCUGUGCGCUACCGUGGUCAAAAGCUGGCCCAGUACAAAACCACCUGGCUGCACAAGUAUCAGCCCAGUGCAGACAUGAGCAUGGUGAGUGAAGAAGACGAUGAUGAAGAUGAAGAGGAAGGAAAGACAGCUGUGCAGACGGAUGAGAAGAACAAGAACAACAAAACUGGAUUAAAUGACGUGAUGGUUUCACGUCGAACCGACAGAGAGAGGAUCCCUGUCAGAUAUUGCACCUUGGGCACCAGAGAUGCUACCAGAGACCCACACACACUAGUGGAGCUGUCAGCGUUCUCGGCCAUCAACCGAUUCCAGCCAUUCAACGUAGCCAUCUCCAGUAAUGUUCUGCUGCUAAUGGACUUCCAUUGUCACCUGACCACCAGUGAGGUGGUGGGAUACCUCGGAGGACGCUGGGAUACCAACACACAAUUGCUCACAGUCCUGAGGGCGUUCCCCUGUCGAACCAGGCUGGCAGACCGAGAAUCGGCGUCUGCUGUUGAAGAGGAGAUUUGUCAGAACCUGUUCAUGCGUGGGCUGUCGUUGGUGGGCUGGUACCACAGUCACCCGCGGGGUCCAGCCCUGCCGUCGCUGCAGGACAUCGACUCACAGAUGGAUCAUCAGCUGAGGCUGCAGGGUUCAAACAACGGCUUCCAGCCCUGCCUGGGUAUCAUCUGUGGUCCAUAUUACCAUGGAAACCAAGGUGUGGCCUCUACAAUAACUCCGUUCUGGGUCGUACCACCUCCUGAGCAACGGCCCAGUGACUACGGAAUUCCAGUGGCUGUGGAGGUCACCUACGUGCAGGACAACUUUCUUACCAGUGAUGUCCUUAAUGAAAUGAUGCUGCUGGUUGAAUACUACAGAGCAGCUCCAGACCUCGUCCAGUUCAACCAGUACUGGUGUCCUGAUACCACCAUGAUGGACAAGAUAAAGGGCUCCCUGAGUUGCCACGCCCCCAAAGACCAGGCCUACUCCCAGAUCUUGGAGCAUGUCUAUAGUCAGCUGAGUGUUAUGCACUGAGAUCUGCGCUGCUUGUGUGACCUGAACUUGCUUAUGGUCAAGUCCUCUCAUUUCAAACACUUGUCCUGUGGAUCUGAUGGACCGUGCACGGUGGGCACUCGUCGUUAAUUCUGCUUGAUAAACAUCUCUAGAUGCCUUGAAUGAGCUCACGCCUGAGUCUAACAGCAUUAAUGUGAGUCAGACACAUUUGUGACUGUAGAGGUGCUUUAAUAUAUGAUUAUAGCUGCUCCUGGAGGUUGUACUGUAUUUAUGAAAAGAGAAACACAAAUUAAAUCAUAUCCCAUUCAAUCAGAAAAAACCCUGUGUACGAAAUCCAAACGGGUUCAGAUGAAGGCAACUGGACUUCUUUAGUUUCAUGGAGACGUUUCGCUUCUCAUCCGAAGAACUUUGUCAAUUCUGACCAGAAUAUGGGAGAGUCAAGCUUAUAAACUGUAGUAACCAAUAUUGUUCUGGGUAAGAUGAUAAAGCACCUUAAGUUGGUUUCAAUUAAUUGCAUUGUGGCUUUGAUUUCUUUGAAUCACUGGUAGCACCUGUGGAGUCUAUAUAAGUGUAAAGGUGGCAGUGUGCUGGUUGUUUUUUGGGUGAUGGGGGGGUCACGGUUUUUACCGCUUCGUUGGUUUUCAUUAAACAAACAAAUUUGCAGUUAUAAUUUUUGUCGUUUGCAUAAAUCUCAAUAAGAAAACGCGGCGCUGAACUGUGCAUUUCUGAUCAACGUCUUCAACAAAUGGGAAUACAAACCCAAAUGCACCUUUCGUCUGGACAAUGAUGUUGAAGCGUCUUUGCCUCCACCCGCACCCAAGUGUGACUGGAUAGUCACUACAGUAGCGGUCUAUUGUUAUUUAACAUGCAGAAACUACUCUGAGCACCCCUCCUCUCUACCCCGAUGAGUCAUUAGUCUCUAUUGAGAGGGAAUCAUGUUGAUGAGGAAGGUGUGACCUUCCUGCAACAGGAGGUACUCAAGAGUAGUGUCUGCUCAUUAAGAUAACAGCUAUAGUUUAUAAGCUUGACUCUCCCAUAUUCCAGUCAGAAUUGACAAAGCUCCUCAGAUGAGAAGCAAAUUGUCAUCAAGACACCAAAGAAGUCCAGUUGCCUUCAUUUGAACCUUUUUGGAUUAUCAUGACCUGGAUGACCGAGAACCUUCACCAGCACCCGUAGAAAACACAUGUGACAGUAUACACUCUAGUGGUAUUCCAUCAGCCAGCCUGGAUAGCCUUUGGCCUUCCCCACAUGGACCUAUGUGCCUGUCUGUGACUACAUGACCAGAUAUUGACGGAUAAGUACUGUUUUAACUGUUGACUUCUUGUUUUUGCUUUAUAGUCUCAACCAAUGGAAUAGUUGUGGGGAAAAUGAAUAGUAGUGCAAAACAUACACUAUAACAAAUGUGCAAAGGUCUCUGUGUUAGAACUACUUUGCGAUAGGUGUUGUUUUUGUUUGUGCUUUUUUAAGUCCGUUUUUUUUAAGGUUUUUGAUGAAAGUAAGCCAGUUAUUCCGAUACAACAGGUGUGUGUUAGUGCGUGUGUGGCAUUGUGUUGUGAAUGUACCCUCAGCUGUCCCGUAAAGACAGAUAUUUGCUUCCUUUUGAACGUUACUGUAUUUAUUAACUGUGUACUGUGACAUACAUGCCUUAAGCCUGCUGAAUAUUGAUCCACAAAUAAUAAAAUAAACACACUGGAAUUAUUUAAA